UAACAAGCUCCUCUUGCUAUCUGUGAACAACAAAAGAGAACGUUAUAAAUUAGGCAAACUAUUUGCCAGUUCAGAUCACUUCGAAGCAAUCGAUAAAACAGACAUGAAGUUCAUCCUGAAAACGACCUUUCUGCUGGGUCUGGCCUCGGUUUGCAUGGCCCAAUUCCGUCCAUGGUCACCCUCAGAGGACACAGAAUAUAACGUCGCCGAACGAAAACCCAGGCCACCAUACUCCACCGCCGCCGGAUCCCCUGCUUCGCAAGUGGUAGCCACGGUAGCAACCCGGAAGCCACCAACCGUGCUUACCACCCAAGUGCUGGAGCAGCGAGCAGUGGAUUUCCAAAACCGCUCGCUACAGCGAUUGUUCGAACGGUCCUUCAAGGCGGAUACACCGGCCGAGUUUCAGGAUGCUGUCGUUCAUUUGUACGUUCGCAGCCAACGGGAGCUGGACCUCUGCGCUGAGUUUCUGUGGGAAACUCAUCUGCUGAAGGAGUACCGGCGAUGCGCCUCGGUAACGCAGCGGGCCAUCUGGCGGCAGGUUCAGGUGCUGAAGGAGGACAUUCGAACACUGACCCUGGCGGACUACGAAUACGUGGAUUACUGAAAUGAGUUGCGCGAUCUGUUAAUAAAAAGUGCCUUCAUAUUAAUUAUAUAACAUUGGAAAAUACAAUUCUUCAAAUUGACUAGUCUAAAAUAUAGCUUUAAUCAUUUUUAUGCAAAAGAGCAUUUUUUCUCUAAGAUUCACAGAAAAAAUCGGACUGUGGCUUUUCGCCGCAAAAAAAACAAUAUCGUUUAACAUAAUAAAAGCAACACCAUUUUUAUCUA